CUGUCAAGCACGGAAUCCUGGUUGGGCAUCAUGGAGCUUGGGUAUCUUCCUGUGCAUGCGAUGCGCCACCAUCCACCGCAAAUUGGGCACCCACGUGUCCAAGGUGAAGUCACUGAGUAUGGAUAGCUGGACAAACGAGCAGGUCGACAACAUGAGGAAGGUCGGCAACGUUGUCUCGAACAAAUUGUACAACCCGGAAGGCAAAAAGCCACCCGUCCCGAUCGAUGUCGACGAGGCCGAUAGCGCAAUGGAACGAUUCAUCCGCCAAAAGUAUGUCAACCGCACCCUCUCGGCCAGCAAGAGGAAACCCGGAAGCAGCGACUCGGACGAGACUCCACCUCCCCUUCCUCCCAAGACGCCGAGUCGGUUCGGCCUCCGAUCCGCCUCUUCAAUAUUUCCGCUUGGAUCCAAGGCCAAGAAAGCGAGCGGUCUUGAGCCGACCAGCCCUCAAAGCUCACCACCUCAGCCAUCGCUUCGAAACAAAUCCUCAGGAGUGUUUGGCGUGAGCCUCGAGCGCGAUCGGGCAGAUGGAGAAGACACGGAGCGGAAACUCGCCAAACUCCGAGACAUGGGCUUUAUGAAUGACCACAGGAAUUCCGUGGUGCUGAAAAGUGUGAACGGCAAUCUGGAGAGAGCAGUAGAGGCAUUGGUGCGGUUAGGGGAGGGGCCCGGGAAGGCGGCAACACUUGCGCCUGCGAGGGCUUCGACGAUGCCGAUUACUCGAAGCCUAACCCCGGGAGCCAACACGGACGCCUCUCGUGCUCGGCCGAUAAGUCCGGCAAGCACUAAUCCCUUCGACAUGCUUGACACGCCGCCCCCGCCACAACCGCUGUCCUCGCAGUCAACCGGCACGUUACAGACCAAGAACCCUUACCUCUCGACGAAUCCGUUUGGCGCGCCCCAGCAGGCACCUUCUGCGUUGGACUUGGCCUUCCAAAAUAUAUCCCUGGCGCCACCAUCUCAGCCGUUGUUUCCGCAUCAUACGGGUGGCUUAACCCAACAACAGACUAUCCAGACGGUGUACCAACAACCCAUGACACCUCCGCUGACUGCCUCGCUGCCUCCUGGAGUGCAGGGCUACCCUGCUAUGAGUAUCAAUGGCAGUCACACAUACCCGCAGCCGCAAUCGAGCAUGUCUAGCUAUAAUCCCUUCUUUCCGGCCCAGUUGCAACAACAGCCGCUGUCCAUCAACACAGCGCAGUUCGGCGGCAGCAUCAGCAGCAACCCCUUCACACGGUCCCCGACCAGGAUCCAGUCACCGACCCUCUCACAAAUUCCCGAGCAAACACAGCAAAACUUUUACGCGCAGCCCGUGCAACCGGUGCAACCCCAGGCGACGAACCCGUUUUCCAACCAAAUGACGCACCCGGCAGAGCAGUUUGCCAGCCCGAUGCAGAUGCAGAUGCAGAUGCCGCAGCAGAUGGGCCUCGCUCCACAAAUGACCGGCUACAUGCAGCAGCAGCAGCAGCAGCCGCGGCCAGAUAAAGCCUCAAUAAUGGCCUUGUACAACAAACACCAACCAUCCCCCGCCCAAACCCCGUUUCAGACCCAGGACAGUGGGCAGACCACCCUAGCCCAGACGCCCAAUUCGCUGUUCCCACCUCAACACCUUUUCCAGCAGCAACAACAACACCAGCAGCAGCAGGUCCAGCAGGUUGAGCGGGUUCAGCAACAGUCGACGCCGAUAAGUCCCGCGCCGAUGAGCAAGAACCCGUUUGUCAGUUCGGCGGCGGCGGCUGCUGCUGCUGCUGCUGCAGGAGGAGGGGGGCAGCCGGGACGGCUAGCGGAGUCAACGCCGAAACACAAUGUCAGCCGGGAGAGUAUGAUGGCGGUCGGGCUGGAGUGGUCGAAUGGGCGGCACAGCCCGGACGCGUUUGCCAGUCUGAGUGCGAGGGACACGCGUUGAUUGUUUUUUUUUGGGGGGGGGGGG